UAGUGCUAGUUGUUCAUGAGAUGAUGAAUUUUGUUUACUAUUUUAAAUUCAUUCAUGCCUUUUUGUACGACUUCGGUCUUUGAAAAUCAUUUUUUUUCUUAUCGGAUCGUUAUGUCCUCAAAUUUUAAAUAUUCGCUGACAAAAGUGUAUAAAAAUUACCAAAAAUAUGUUCCCGAGUUAAAGUCUACAGCAGUGUUGCGAACUAUAAUUCAAAUUUGCGUCCACUACAUCGAAACCAAGUCAUGCUCCAAAGAGGUGUUGGAUCGUGCUGUGAAGAAACUCCAAGCAUCAAAUCAGGAUGUGCCGGAGCACUUUUGCGAACUAUUUGCUGCCAUACUCCAGUUGAUCCAGCUGUACCUCCGCUAUCCCAAGGGAAUCGUCAAGGAUGAUGAAUUGAAGGAAACUUUGAAGGAGCUGAAAUUCCGAGAUGACUGCAUUAACGAUAUCGUAAAGGUUCUUCACCAUCAUCGAGAUCCAUUGAGUCUGAACUAUCGAGAGAUGCGUAAUCUUCGGUCGCCUCCCAGAAAGCUGGUUUGGCGCAUCAAUAUUUCCUUCAUUGACAGAUCAUCGUCACGGCACCCAACCAUCAUUCUUCACAUCCAGAAAACCGAUGGAGAAUUCCUGAGCUUUGAGCUGAGUGUAUCAAUGUUCCAUAGGCUACGCUACAAUGUUGCAUCUUUGCUACAUGAACUACAAACCCUAGAAAGGAGGCAGAGUGUGAGGAAAUCAUAGAAAAACAACCUUAUAUUCUUAUCAGCUUAGUGCUGUUAUUAACUCACAAUAUUCUAGCACUUCGAACGGAUGAUCGAUUGAAAAUAAACAACACCAUUCCAAUA